GAUGGUUUCGCAGCACUAUCAUCCGUCAUCAUAAAUACGAACAGAACUUACAAGAAUUGCGUAUUAAUUGUAAAAUUACGAGAUCAUAGUUUCAAGAAGUGUGAUCUAAGCCAACCAGCUGCAACCAUGUCCUACGCAUACUUGUUCAAAUACAUUAUAAUUGGCGAUACUGGCGUCGGAAAAUCAUGUCUGCUGCUGCAGUUCACGGACAAGCGCUUUCAGCCGGUGCACGAUCUGACAAUUGGCGUGGAGUUUGGAGCACGCAUGAUCACGAUUGAUGGCAAACAGAUCAAGCUGCAAAUCUGGGACACAGCAGGCCAAGAGGCUUUCAGAUCAAUCACCCGCUCGUAUUAUCGUGGUGCUGCUGGGGCCUUGCUGGUGUACGACAUCACAAGGCGUGAGACCUUCAACCAUCUGACCACAUGGCUGGAGGACGCGCGCCAGCACUCGAACUCAAACAUGGUGAUCAUGCUCAUUGGCAACAAGAGCGAUCUGGACUCGAGGCGUGAGGUGAAAAAGGAGGAGGGCGAGGCAUUUGCCCGUGAGCAUGGACUGGUCUUCAUGGAGACAUCAGCGCGCACAGCGGCCAACGUGGAGGAGGCCUUCAUCAACACCGCCAAAGAGAUUUACGAGAAGAUACAGGAGGGAGUGUUCGAUAUAAACAAUGAGGCAAACGGCAUUAAAAUCGGCCAACAGCAUUCACCCACAAACCCCUCGCUGCCUGGGUCUGGCGGAGCAGCCGGCGCAGCAAACAGUGGCUGCUGCUAGGAGUAAGCGGCAGAUGCCUGCCAGCAACAUUGGGUAUAGACGUAGCCCGCUUCUGUAAAAGCUACUCUAGUGACUAACUAAUAGAAGGUACUAGCUGAGACACAGAUAUCUUGUUUUCUAACUUCAAAAGUAAACUAACCACAGGCAAAUCAAAUAGCAAACAAAACACACUAAGCGUAAUGUUAAAAUCAUUCAAUCCCACAACUACUACACUUGAGCUACGUUUUAAUUAAAAAACAACAGAUGCAAAAUACCAAACGAGAGAAUUGAAAAAUAAACCAAAACAGAUAACAUAUAGCAUUCGUAUGUGUAUGUGUAAA